GUGUUUUAGGCGGUGCCAUUCUUCUUUCUGCUCUGUGGAUAGUGAAUCUGCUUUAGACAGUAAACGACACCGAGGUCGGCGCCACUACGGGGCGAAACAAAGCAGGAAAUACACGUCUGACACUAAGCUUCUCUGGUAUUGCUUGUUGUUAAUCCUUGGAUUUUCGAAGUGUAGUGUUUCGAGAGAAUCUUUUCAUUUCAUUUGCUUGCUGCCAUGGAUUUCUCAAAACAUCCCUCCCGGACUCUAAGAUGGCGUUUGUGCAGCACACUGACGACGCAAAAUAUUCUUUGUCUUCUUUUUCUCAGUCAUAUUGCUGCUGGUCAGAUACGUUAUUCAAUCCCAGAGGAGAUGAAGAAGGGAUCUGUUAUUGGUAAUGUCGCAGUGGACCUCGGGAUAGAUCUGCAGAGGCUCCGUUCAGGUCGGGCCCGUAUCGUGAGCGGAGAAAACGUCCAGUACACCGAGCUGAAGGCAGACAAAGGGAUUCUGGUUGUGAAUCAGAGAAUCGACCGAGAGCAGCUUUGCGGAGACGUAACACCGUGUAGCUUCAGCUUUGAUUUGAUUUUAGAAAACCCCAUGGAACUACACCACAUUACGGUCGAAGUAUUGGACAUAAAUGAUAAUUCGCCUUCUUUUCAUCAGCACGACAUGAAAUUGACGAUUAGUGAAUCAGCCGCUCCUGGAGCACGUUUUGUUUUACCUACUGCCAAUGAUCCCGAUGUAGGCGUUAACGGGCUCCAUGACUACAAUUUAUCCCAGAAUGAAAAUUUUAUAUUAAAAAAGCAUUCAAAUGCAGGCGGAAGAAAAUAUGCAGAGAUGGUACUUGAGAAGCCGCUGGAUAGAGAACGAUAUCCAAGUUUAUCCCUGAAGCUAAUAGCAGUGGACGGUGGAACCCCUCAGAAAUCUGGUACAGUAAAUAUAGAUAUCACUGUUUUAGAUGCUAAUGAUAAUUCUCCUGUUUUCAAUCAAUCAGUCUAUAAGUCCACAGUGAUGGAAAAUGCAGCAAAGGGAACCUAUAUCACCACUGUGAAUGCAACUGAUGCAGACAGCGGAUCAAAUGGUUUGAUAUAUUAUUCUAUCUCCAAAAUGCAAGGCGGCAUUAACAGUAUAUUUGAAAUUAACAAAACAACUGGCGUGAUAGUCCUUUUAGGGCAGGUCGACUAUGAAAAAUCAAAGAAAUACGAAAUACGUAUUGAAGCGACAGACCAAGGAGCUUUAACAGACUCGAGCAAAGUCGUAGUAGAAGUGAUCGAUGUGAAUGACAAUGCACCUGUCCUUAAUAUGAUGUCAUUCACUAGUCCUGUUUCAGAGGAUUCUCUUCCAGGUACAACUAUUGGCAUCAUAAACGUAAAAGAUCUCGAUUCAGGUGAGAACGGACACGUAACUUGUACAAUAGAAGAACGUUCACCUUUCAAGAUUAAAUCUAAUUUAAGAAAUUACUAUACUUUAGUAACAGAUUCUAUAUUAAAUCGUGAAAGUAUUUCACAAUAUAACAUCACUGUUGUUGCGACUGAUUCGGGAAGGCCUCCCCUCUCAACCCAAAGAACUUUCUAUUUGAAGGUCUCUGAUGUGAAUGAUAAUCCUCCAGUAUUUCCAAAAGAUGUUUACAGUGCGUUUGUUGUCGAGAAUAACUCGCCGGGAGUUUCCGUUCUGACUGUAAGAGCGCAGGAUCCCGAUGAAAACCAAAACGCUCGAAUAUCAUACAUUCUGGAUGUUAAUGACAUAGGCGGAUCUCCAAUUUCUGAAUAUGUUUCUGUAAAUGCAGAAAGUGGAGUCAUACACGCGGUGCGCUCAUUUGAUUAUGAACAAAUUAAACAGUUAGUUCUCGUGGUGAAAGCGCAGGAUGGAGGCUCUCCUCCACUCAGCAGCAAUGUGACAGUGAAAAUCAUGAUCCAGGACCAGAACGACAACCCUCCUCAGGUUCUGUAUCCAGUCCAGACUGGUGGCUCUGUGGUGGCUGAAAUGGUGCCUCGUUCAGCAGAUGUGGGCUAUCUGGUGACCAAAGUGGUGGCUGUUGAUGUGGACUCUGGACAGAAUGCGUGGCUGUCGUAUAAACUGCAGAAAGCCACAGACAGGGCUCUGUUUGAAGUGGGCUCCCAGAAUGGAGAGAUCCGAACCAUCCGCCAAGUGAGUGAUAAAGAUGCAGUGAAACAGAGACUGAGUGUUAUAGUGGAGGACAACGGUCAGCCCUCUCGUUCAGCUACAGUCAUUGUGAACGUGGCGGUGGCGGACAGCUUCCCUGAAGUUCUGUCGGAGUUCAGUGACUUUCCACACGACAAGGAGUACAAUGACAACCUGACUUUUUACUUAGUGUUGGCUCUGGCUGUGGUCUCCUUCCUGUUCAUCACGUGUUUGGUGGUUAUUAUCUCAGUGAAAAUCUACAGAUGGAGACAGUCUCGCAUCCUGUAUCAUUCCAACCUGCCUGUGAUUCCAUAUUAUCCUCCACGUUACUCAGACACUUUGGGGACAACAGGGACUCUCCAGCACGUGUACAAUUACGAGGUGUGCAGGACGACAGACUCGAGAAAGAGUGACUGUAAGUUCGGCAGAGCUGGUAGUCAGAACGUGCUGAUCAUGGAUCCCAGUUUUUCAGGGACGAUGCAGCGGAUGCAGAGUGAGAAGAGUAUCCUGGAUGAACCAGACUCUCCUCUAGAGGUCAGUUAAAUCAUUUAACUUGGU